AUGCGGUAUAGCUCUAGUGUAUGGAAUUUGCUUCUUACAGGCCCUAUUAUAACUUGUCCGAAUUGUCGUUUCUGUCUUUCUCCUUCUCUUCUUCCCCUGGCAGCCGCCUCUCUUAAGCAAACUGGCCUGUCCAACGGCAACGCUAGAAGCGCAUUCUGCGUGAAUGUACAGUUUCUGCCGUUCAAACGGCUGCUUGGAAGAUCCGAUUUUCAAAUGGCACUGCAUUUAUCUUCGUUGGGGUCAUGGUUGCGGCCGGCUGGCACUUUGGCAUCUCUGCCUUAUUCUACGAUUGUGCCAACUGUCCUCCUCUUCGUCGCCCUGGCAACCGGCAUGUCGGUCGGCCAGCCAUUGUCCGGAACCUGUCCCUCCUCCUGCAAAUGUGUCCCCGGCAUGAUGACCUGCACUGGUCACGGUCUGCGCAGCAUCCCAUCGCCGCAUUCCGAGACUCUGGAGCGUCUUAUUGUGCACAAUCAGACGUUCAUCUUCAACCGGUUGGACGCGGCCAUUCUGGCCAACCUCACGUCUCGCGAGUUCGGCGGUCAAAUCGCGCUGAAGCAGUUGAUCCUGCGCUACUGCGGCCUCGUCAGUCUGGCGCCCUACACCUUCCGUCGCCUCGGCCGGCAAUUGCGACAACUCGAUCUGUCCGGCAACCCGCUGGCCAGUCUGGGCGAGUUUGCGUUCGCCGGCCUCCGCUUGCAGUACCUCUCGUUGACGUUGCUCUCGCGGGCUCCCGACAUUCCGGACGCGGCAUUCGCCGACCUCGACGAGGUCGUCAAUCUGCUGUUGGCCGACUCGCAACUGACUCAUCUGCCGGCCGCUCCCUUCCUCCGGCUGGCCCGCCAAGCCGGUCUGGUGCAUCUGGACCUGCGCGGCAACCGAUUGACUCGACUCGAGCCCGGUUUCGACGCCGUCUUUGCCGGGCUCCAGCAGUUCUGGCUGGACGGCAACAACUGGACCUGCGACUGUCGGUUGGCCUGGCUGGUGCGUCGCUAUCGCAGCCUCGUCCAGGCCGGCCAGACGGCGGCGGGCGCCUCUUCAGCAGCCGCUUCGUUGUCGUCCAGCCUCCAGCGGCGCGGAGCGCCGGUCUGUCAUGAGCCGGCCGAAUUCGCUGGCCGAUCGUUCGACUCGUUGAUCGCCGAUCUCGAUCACUUUGCCCAACUGCGACGCGCCGCGUCCGACGCAAUUACAGUCGCGACGGUGCCCUUUCUGCUCUGUCCACCGCCGAGUCUACGUCGCGUCGAGGUGGACCUUCGCGGCCUCGUCGCCGAUCCCGACGUCCCGACCGAGCCCAGCGUCAGUCUGGCCUGCCAGGCCGUCGGCUCCUCCGACCUCGUCGUCCGCUGGGUCUACCACGCUUCGACGCCCACGUCAACGUCAACGUCGACGUCGGCGUCGACCGGCAGCGCCGUACGCGCCAGUUACCUCAACGAAAGCGGACUUCAAGCCGUCCACGCCGGCUUCGAGGCGGCCGGUUGGCGGCUGCCGGUGGCUGUGGCGCAAGCCGAUCUGCCCGUCCGGCGGAUCGGCCAACUCGACGUCUACUCGUGCCAUGCCGACGACGUAUCCGGCAACGCCUCUGCCGUCGUCCGCAUCAAAUGGCCAGCAUCGCCGUCGCCGUCGCCGUCGCCGUCGCCGUAUUUCCCACCGUCGCCGUCGCCGUCGCCGUCGCCGUUGGCGGGGCUGGAUGGAGGCUCGGACGAGCGUUCAGUGCGUUCGGCGAAGCCGAGCUACCUCUACAGCAAACAGUUCAGUCUCGUAGAGAUGCUGGGCGCCGUCAUGGGCACAUUUCUGUGCACGGUCCUGCUCUUUUUGCUGGUCUACCGGAGCCUGUUGCGAGGCAGUCGGCGGUUGGGUCUGCUGGCCUGCCUCGUGCCGGGAGCCGGCAAACUGUCACGCUCCAGCGACGAGGCCAUCUGCUCGAGGACACGCUAUUGCGGCGCCGAGAGCGAGGACAAACAGCCUCUGCCGGCCAACGCCGACGGCGUCCACUUCAUGCGGUACCAACUGCAGCAGAACCCCGACACUCGCGGCCCCGGAUUGCCCGGCGACGGCCCCUCCUCCGCCAACGGCACCUCCUCGUCCGCCACCUCUUCCCACCUCAUGCGACAGCAACAUCAGCAGCAGCAACAACAACAACAACAGGACACGCAACAGACACAACAGUCGUCCGACGGCCAGACAGGACAGACGCAGUCGCUGGCGGACGCCCUCAGCAACCACAACUCGGCGGGUCUGAUGCUUCUGCCGCCGGGUCUUCUCGGUCAAAUGACUCUGAAGAAGGCGCUCGCCGUCGGCCAACUGCCCACUCUCUCGCUGCCGCUCUCUUUGCCGCUGCCUCUCCCUCCGGCCAGCUCGGCCGACCUGCUGACUGUGCUACACCAGACGCCGCUAUUCGCCGGGCCGCCGCCCAGCACCACCACCUACGAGGCCGUCGUCUACUCCGACCACGCCGCCACCUACGACGUGCCGCAGAACGGCCUCGGACACCUCGUCAGUCUGGCGCCCAGCGGGCUCGGACUCGAUGGUACCACAGUCGGGACGAGACCGGACAUUCAUCUGCUCGAGCGCUAUCUGGAGGCCGUCAAUCUGUCCAACCAUUCAGCCAUGCCGGGCCUCUCUUUAGCUGCUGUGGGCUUAUUCGCA